ACGUCCCGGAUCAAAAUGCGGUACAAUCGUGGUCGUCGUCAGAUCACACAUAAGUAUGAAUCGAGAUCGCGAUUUUUCUAACGAUUAAUCGUGCAGCCCUACAACACAUUAAUAAUCAAAUGUUCAUGCAUGUGCUGUUUUCUUAAGUAGUGAAUGUGUGUCUGAAUUCAGACUGUAGUACUGGUUCAUGUGGCUAACCUCUGUACGUGCCUAUUUGAAGUAGCUGAGUUGUUGUCCCUGAGAAACUUCACUUUAAUUUGGUUAGAUUGAAUUUCCCACCUAGCCUAUAGACAGUUGGCUAAUGACCACCCUAGAGAGAUACCACAGUAGCUUGCAGUGAUGUUAGCCCCAUUACUGUUCAUCAAAUUACACUGCUUCCAGUGUUUGGCUCAUUUGUGAGCUCAGUCCACUGUUGCUGCUUCGACCCUCUGUUGUCAGACUGUUUGGGUUUAAUACACUGACUGGUAUUAAAAGCGAUUUUGAAUUGUUUGGGUAUUCAUUUUGAUGCUGCAUUAAACCACAAAGCUUUUUGCCUAGUUUUAAUUGCCUCAAACUGAAUGAUUAUCUGUCGUAACCGUACACCAGACUGUUCCAAACCAGUCUAAGUAUUUAAGACUGAUCCAGAUGUGGAAAAGUGGUCUGGAUGUAUUUUAUAUUUAAGAUGAAGGAUAUAGGUAGCAGGACAGAAUGUGGAUGUGCUAAUUAAGUUUCAUUCUGUCUCAAGUUGAAUCUCUCCGCUCACAUUAACGGCUCUGCAGUAUUCAGCCAGCCAUCCCAUAUUACUGCACUAAUGAGAUAGCUAUUUAGAAUUCUCUUUGCAGGGUAUUUGUAUAAAGCAUUGUUCCACAGCAAGGUUUUGCAAACCCAUUCAACCAAGUAGCUGUACAUGUGUUGGAGUGCACUGCUGAUAACUGUGUCUACUUCUCCUUUGUUUUCUCAUUUGGUUGCAUUAAGUCAAGAACAGAAGACUUAUUUCUUAACCUCUCAUGUGCACUUUGUUGAGAUGGCCUCUUUGAGACUUUGCAGGCUAGUGUGACAUUUCCCAUAACUGCCUUAGUAAACAAUAGGCUUGAGUCAGGCUAAAAUCUAUUGUAUGGAGGCUCAACACUGGACAUCAGUACACAGAAGUGUAGGUAUACUUUCUAGAAGCAUAUAAAUAAAGGCUAUUGGUGUGGUCUGAGGCUUUGUGAGCAUAAUAACAAUAGUGGGGGAACUGAGGGGUCCAAACCCCAGUUCCUGGGGUUGUCAAAACAGAGCAGAGGUUUCUGACAAAAAUUCCCCCCAUUCCAGGGUGCAUAGCGAAGAAUAUAAGGUCAAGCAGUGUUUCUGGAGCUUGACCCUUUUUAAAAACAGUUGUCCCUAGAGUUGUUAACUAAACAAAUAUGUUUGUGUUUGUAAUUAUUAUAAAAAUGUGCCUUGAAAGCACUCACACAAAUUAUAGAAUUACAAUUACACCAAAGGAUAUACUACACAGCUCUUACUUGCCUUCUUAAUUGUACCACUAGAAAUAGUUUGGUUUGUUACAAGUCACAAUGACAUUUGUCAUUGUGUAUAUUAAGAUAAAGUUAAAUAAAAAAAAACACCAGAUUUCAUAAAACGGUAACAUGCUCUAUAAAAUAUAGUUAAGAUGCCUAUGCAUGUGUUUAUUUGGCAGACGGGCAAUGACACACAAAAGAGAGAUCUGAUCAUUUUUUAAAGCACAAAAAGGCCAAGAAUGUAGAAAGACCCUCAGAAAUAUCAAAUCAAGUCUUAAUUAGAAAGGAAUGAAGUGCUUAUAGAAAUGUUUCAUAAUAGUGUCAUCAGUCAGAGGCAACAGAGAGGGUAGAGCUGGACAGAGAGUUGAGGACAGUCAGAAAGAGGAGUAGAGUCUGGUAAGUUUGCUGAGCAUUUAUUUCUUUUCUUAAAUAAAGGGUACGCUCUUAUUUAGAUAAUCUAUUUGCUACCAACUACAAGAUGGCACAAGCAGAUUAGCAGCAGUAAGCGGUGUUCUCUGAAUUUCUUUAAAAGUCCUGAGAUGCACAAAAAGAGAGCUGGGUUAUCUCUUUUAGUGUUCGGGUUGUCCGUGUGGUUUAGGCAAGGCGCAGUAGACGCAGUAUGACUGCUCGCAAGCUGUGACUGUUACCUGGACUUUUCUCACCUCGAUGUCUAAUCUGUGUCUGGCAUUUGCAAACUAACAUCUAGAAGAGUUCAGGGCUCCAGUGCGUGUGUGUGAAAGUAUAUAAAAUGGUAACAUUUUUGGUUGUGGUGGGAAUUUGUAACAAAAGCUGCUGAAUAUUCAUCGGUUGAAGAUUCUCAUUUGUUUGGAUUUCAGUUACAGUAAACCUCUUACUUUUGGGUGUUCAAUCAUUGGUCAAAAUCAGAUGUUUUGAAGAUAUCAUCUUGAGCUUUGGGAAUAAAAAUAAUUGGCAGAUUAAAUGAUAAUGAAACUAAAUCUUAGUGGUGACUCUAAUGAACAACAUCCAUUUGCCACUCAGUUAAAAUAUACAUUAUACUUCGCAAUGGUUGUGUUUGCAGCUAUUUGGGGUAUGUCAGACAAAAAAAUCUCAAGGGUCUCUGGCUAUCUGCAGUUUAGAGAUGGCUGCCAUUAUACCUUGGUGAGUGAAGGCUUGCUUGUGCUGACAAAGGUGUGUUUGUUUUCCAGUAUGUACUUUGUUAAAGCCACUGGGGCCUUCUUGGCAUUGUUUCCCUUGGUCAGCUAGUAUGUAAAUGCCUUUCGUCAGGCAGGAGGAUAAGUGAAGAAGUUGAUUAGAGCUUUAGCCAGGAGCAGUUGUUGUAGAUUUAGUUGGUAAGCCCCUUCCCUUCUAGACCACAAUACAACCAUGCAUUCCAGUCCAGUCGCUAUGACUCACUGGACACCAGUGCAGCACCGUAACCGAGCCGCUUCCCUGCUGUAUUAGCACUCGGCGCUUGUUGGAAAUGAAUUUAAAAGGGCUUCAAAGGAAAUACUAUUGGAAUGUAAAGCUAAUUUAAAUAUGCUAAUCCCCAAGCACAACAUAAACGUACACAGCAACAGCCCGCCACCCACUUUCUGUAGCCGCUCGCUGUGGAAUGCCUUAGCCACAGGGGGUCUAGCAGUAAUGACAGGCUUGUGGUGGAUUAAUGUGAAGUUAUUUAUUUCCGAUUGAGCAAGCUCCCCCCUCUUGCGCCCCCCCCUUAGCAAUUGGGCCAAGUCUCCAUGACUCCUGGAGAUGUUCUGAGCGAGCAGUCGUAGACGUUCUAUUAAUGCAGUCCACCUUGCUAACAUACCCAGACCACCUCAUGGUGCAUUCUGGGAUAUCUUCAGCCCUUUACCUGCUCUUAGCUAAUUACUUUUUAGGCCCGCACUCGCACAGUAAUUGGUGUUGUGCUGCUGCCUCCCCUCUCACUGCUGCGCCAAGUGCUAGUUUGAGCACUUUUUUUCUCCUUCUCCUCUCUAUCGUCCUUAUUCCCCUGUUUUUUAUCGUCCUCCAAAAGCCAUCCAAUUAAUAUGCUAAUGAGCUGAUAAAUAUUUAUAGGGGUUUAAAUUAUGCAGAAAGCUUUCAGAGCCCGGUGUGAAAUGCGUUGCUCGCAGGACUUCAAAGCCUUGCAUUGCUAACGAGGCAGGGGCAGAUUUGCAUACGGCUUUAAUCAGCUGAAUACUGAUUAUGCUUCAUUAUAGAGUUGGAGGAGGAAGGGUGGGGGGGCGGCAGCAGAGUUGGAGGAGGCCGCCAGCUGCACUUGUCGUUUGUUUCAUUCCAGCAAGAGAGGGAGAGGGCGAACUUUUUCAGAAGUACAGACAAUCUUGGCACACGGGAGAGGGGGAGCGGUAGAGAGAGAGUGCACAGUAGGCACAGUAAAAGAGAAAAAGGGGCAGAGCCAUACGAAAAGAAAAGCGCGAGCAGGGAAAGGCACGGAGAGCUGUUUGCCUAAACCCCGUUGGCUCUCUCAGUGCGCGUAUCCCAGUGUUGCUCAGUGAACCGUGCAGUGGACACUGCCACUGUGUCUGUGUGUAACUCUGGUUGUAUUGAACUCUGCUCACUGUUGACCAGUGGAGAGUGAAGAGAGGAGGUGGGAGUGCACCGGACACCCUGUCGGUGGGCUUGCCCAGCCCAGGCAGUUUUACUUGAUAGGUUCAGCAGCCAUGCUGGAAAACGCAGGUGGAGCAAGAGCGGAUGCUAAAGUGAAUAAUCAGUCAGAAACUACUAAAUGUGCAAUGGAGAGUGGUGACGGGAACACCGGUAUCCAAACCAAUGGGUUGGAUUUUCAGAGGCAGACGGUGCCCACCACAAGUGCAAUCACUAAUGCACAUGCACAAGCCCUCCUCCAACAGUCAAAGUCGGAAGACUCGGGUGCUCUUCCGACCUCCGUCCAGCAGAGCGUAUUGCCUCAAACCCAGCUAAUGUUGGCCGGGGGACAGAUUGCUGGAUUGAGCCCAAUGCAGCAGCAGCUGUUUCUCCAGCAGGCCCAAGUGCAGCUCCUGGCUGCUGCCGUGCAGCAUUCUGCCAACCAGCAGAACAGCACCACCGGGGACAACAUCUCAGCCUCUGCAGCCACACCAAUUACCCAGCUGCCCCUGUCACAGCCCAUCCAGAUUGCCCCUUCUUUACAACAGCAGAAUCUAAGUCUGCCCCAGUUUGUCCUGGUUCAGCCUGGCCACCCUAUCGCCACGUCACUGCAGCCUCAGUUCAUUAUCUCACAGGCUCCGCAGGCCCAGCAGGGCAUAUUGCAAGCCCAGAGUCUUCUAACUCAACUACCUCAAAGCCAACCUAACCUCCUGUCGACUCAACCAAGCAUCACCCUUGCAACUCAGCCUGCAACCCCAACCCGCACAACAGCAACCACACCUAUUCAGUCCCUGCCUCACAGUCAGACGCCACCCAAACGGUUGGAUACUCCCACUCUGGAGGAACCUAGUGACCUUGAGGAGCUGGAGCAGUUUGCCAAGACUUUUAAACAGAGACGUAUCAAACUGGGCUUUACGCAGGGGGACGUUGGCCUGGCCAUGGGGAAGCUGUAUGGAAACGACUUUAGCCAAACUACUAUUUCUCGCUUUGAGGCCUUGAAUCUGAGCUUUAAAAACAUGUGCAAACUCAAGCCAUUGCUGGAGAAGUGGCUCAAUGAUGCAGUUUGUGCAGAGAACCUGACAUCUGACCAGUCCCUGUCGAGCCCCAGUGCCCUGGGUUCCCAGGGCAUGGGCAUAGAGGGAAUCAACCGCAGACGGAAGAAAAGAACCAGUAUCGAGACCAACAUUCGAGUGGCCUUAGAAAAGAGCUUUCUGGAGCAGAACCAAAAACCUACCUCUGAAGAGAUCACCAUGAUCGCUGACCAGCUCAACAUGGAGAAGGAGGUGAUUCGGGUCUGGUUCUGCAAUCGACGACAGAAAGAGAAGAGGAUUAAUCCUCCCAGUAGUGGCAACAGUGGAGGAGGCAACACCCCUAUCAAAUCUAUCUUCACCCCCAGCAGCCCUUUGGUGGCCAGCACAGCAAGCCUUGAUAGCAGCCCAACUAUUACCACACCCACCACUCUGACUGUAAACCCAGUGAUGCCUCUCACCAACACCAGCAUCCCCAGUUUGUCUUUCACAGGCACGACAGUUGGAGCCACAAACACUGCAUCUGUCAUCUCAACUGCGCCUGUGGUUACCACAGCAACAAGCUCUCUGUCUUUAAGCACGUCCCAGACGAGUAAUCAGUCCACGAGCACGGAGAGCAAAGCUGGCACGCAGGCGCCAACCAUUGUCACCCAGGCGCCUUCAUCCAUCGCUACCAGUUUAGGGACGGGUCAGGUGAUGGUGGCAGCUCCGGGGCUUUCUGCCGCGUUGCAGGGGGCCGCCUCGCUACCCAGCGCCAGUUUUGCAGCUAUGGCUGCUGCUGCAGGGCUCAACCCAGCACUGAUGGCAUCUUCGCAGUUUACUCAAGGGGGUGCCCUCCUCAGUCUGGCUCCUGGCGGCCUGGGCAGUGCACUGAGCCCUGCUCUCAUGAGCAACAGCACUCUGGCUACCAUUCAAGCACUGGCAUCGAGCGGCACAAUCCCCAUCACCUCUCUGGACGGCAGUAACCUGCUGUUCGCCAACACUUCUGCUGGUAACACCCCCAACCUGGUGACCACGCCGCUCUUCCUGAACCCCCAGAACCUGUCACUGCUCACCAGCAACCCCGUCAGUCUGGUGUCGCCCGGCAUGGGAGGGCUUCAGGUCACUGCCGACGGUCAUCAUCAAGUCAGCACGGCUGCUGUGCCUGUGCAAGCCUCGACCAUUACCACUGCCCCCAAGGCUCAGUGAAGCCAGUCAGGCUGCAUCUCGAAUUAACGCCCAAUUAAUUACGUCAAGCACUACUCCUUUCACAACGUGUAGGACGAGGGUGGUACUCUGAUAUAGGCUCUGCACUUCACUAACCACCCCGCAUCCUCUCCAUUGUAUCUACCAUAAAUUAAUCCUUUUGCUGCCGCCAAAAAGAAAAGGACUUAACAUAAGGGUGGGUUUAACUGUUGGUUUCUUUUAUUAUUUUUUUUUCUUUAUGAUUCUUGGAUGUUUUUUAAUUUUCCACACAAACAGUAACCAGAUGGACACUGUUGUCGGCCUGCCGCUUCUCCUGAACCUUGACAAGUGUCCAGGGAGAAAAUAUCCUCGGCGUCAUCGAGCUGUAUAUACAUAUACAUAUAUACAUAUAUAUAUAUAUCCUCCUCUUUGCAGGUCAGAAUUUUCUCUGAAAUUCUUCUAACCAAAAACAAACUUUUCUCUUCUAACAUUCAAACUUAAUUGAUUUACUACUAAUUUCACAAUGUUCAUAAUCACUAAUGGGGGUUUGUGUGUCGCUCUUUUUAAUUAUCUCUCGUUUUUGUUUUUUGGGGGGGUUUUUUUUUGUUCGUUUGGUUUUUUGUUUCUUGACAGGCCUUGUUGUAAAUCAUAUCAAAUUAUAUUUUAGAGACUUUUUUUCCCUUUUUAUCUUUUACUGUCUAUAUUUUUCGACAUUUUCCGAUCUUUGUAAGUCUAAUGUUAAGUUAAGAUUUAACUAUCACUUUUUAAUCGUGGUUAUAAGGCUUUAAAAAUAAGUAAUAAGUGGCCGAUAUAAAGGUUAUCAUUGCUUUAAGGGUCGGAGGGACGCGGCGUGUCUCUCCGAGUCUCUCUUCUGGAAACACUGAGUUUUACAUAGGUGGUGGUGCAGUAGCCACCGAGCCUCUGUAAAACGACGGUCUCGGUGUGGAUUAUCGACACUGAUAGAAAAAUGACUGAAAACAUUACAUUGAGAGCUUUAAAGUGAGCUGCAGACCUGAGUCUGAUUAAGGGUGACUUGUUUUGGUUUGUGAUCCGUUGGAACACUGUACAUUAAGUUUUGGACGUGGACGUUUGCGUGUCGUCGACAGCUCAGGCAGACGCUGAGAGUUCAGCAGCCGCACGAUCCACGAGGCUCUGCAGUCUUUUUUUUUGUGGAGGGAACUAGUCAUGUUCACCAAACCUGAACUGUGGUGUGGUGGCUUUGCCUAGAUGGGGAUAGUGUAUGGGGGGGGGGGGGUGUUUGGUUUCUUUUUUCUUUUUUUUUAUUAGAAGUACCGUCGUAUCUACUUGUGCACAGUAUCUGUACCAAAUAACUGGAUUGAUGAGCUGCAGUCUGCCUGUUUUGGGAGGAUUGAAAUUCUGUCUCUUUAUUUUGUUUGCAGUCGUUCGACUGGCUUACCUACUUUAAGAUAUACCAAAAAUAUUUGUUAAAAUAAUUGCUGUGUGUAGUCGGUGUAGCUUAGUCUAGUCAAUAUAUUUAUGAGUACAAAAAUCUCUUCAUAGUCAGAAUAUAGAAAUGCAAUAUUUUGAUGAUCAUUUUCCAAAGACUACAUUUUCUUUUUUCUUUUCUUUUGUUAUUUUGUUUGAUUUGACCAAGUGUCUCAUAUUUAAAUUUUUAAUUGGCAGCACAACUGACCAAAAAGAGAGGGAUUGGUGGGUUGGAGUAUGAGGAAGUUUCUUUUUACUUCUAUUAUUAUCAUUUUACUUUUUAAAUUUAGUUUUUAUUAAAUCACCGUGGCCUCGGCCCAAUGCUUAAUCUGGUCUAAUGCGAGCCGUUUAGUGGCGCCUUUUCCUUUCUAAUCAGUUGUGGUAGCAGUUUUGGACUUUUCUGAAGCAUAAUGGAAAAGAUCUGAUUUUGGUUUUGUGCUAAUAUUCAGCCAUAAAACAACAGCUUGAACCAAAGUGGUUUUUCUCAGUAGUUGCUGUGCCUGUCUUGAGCACACAAGUUGCUUUUCACUCUCUUAAAUCUCCACAAUUUAUUUCUUUAUUUUUCUCCCUCCUCAGUCGAUACCUGAUUUUCGUGAUUUGGUGCUGCUGGAUAAGGAUCACAGAAACUUUAGCUUUAACAACUUGCUGCUGAGACUCCUGUCAGAGUUGAGCUGUCAAGACGCCUGCAUGCUUUCUAAUAGCUUUAAGACUACAUCCUGUGAGAAUCAGGGUAUUGUAGUUCGCACUAUCCCUGCUGGAGGGAUCACUUAUGUAAAUCCAUAAAUACUUCACCUCCUCUCAGCUCCGCCGUUUCAAACCAGCAUGCUAGGAAACGAUAUGCUGCACCCGAAAUCUGUCUGGGGACUAGUUUAAAAACUCCCCAAACUUAUCUUAGCCAACACAGCGGUGGGAUAAGUACCGUUCUGUGCUGCACGUUCAGCUAAACCCCACACAAAAGUAGCAUUGUUCUGCUUCAAAAUGACAAACACAGCAAUUAGUAACUCACUCAGACUGCAAGCAGUGAAAUUUGUCCCCGUUCCCCUCUCAUGUGCUUCUUUUCUGUUGAAUUAUUUUUGACUAAAUAUACCUCAGCAGCGCUUCAAACAUAGGUUCACCUUUUAGACAUUUCUCUGUAUACAGCAUUGUAGAAUGUAUAAUUACUGACUGGCUUGCCAUUCAGCGUUUAUACUGAUGAACCAUACAUAGGAACCAUUGCAAGGACAACCUACUACUGCUAUUUUCUAGUACUACUAUUUAUGGGGUAUUUCCAGGUUUAAAUAUUAUUUUGAGAUCCUUCUUGCCAAAGUAAAAGCCUUUUCUCUUUGCAGCUUGGUGGGUGUGUUUUGUUUUUCUUUCUUUCCUUAACUUUGAGGCCACAAGAGCCCUGAAGAACUCAGUCGUGUUUCAGUGCUUGUUUGGAGUUUUGGAGGUUUGCAAGCAACAUGAACCAGUUGCCACUGGCACCAUAGGAUGUUACUGAAAUAUUUAUCUGAGGAAAGACUUAAGAAUUAGAGAAACGAUCUUUUCUUAAUUCUAUACAUAUAAAUAUAUAUAUAAACACUUGUAAGAUAUUCAUAUUUUAUAUUUGAACCAGUAUGUUACCAAGACUGAAUGUAGUGUUUAUCAUACUUCCCCCCAGAAAAAAAAAAUCUCCCUUAAGUUUUCUUUUCUUUUUCUUUUUUUUAUUAAACUGUCAAGACCAAAAAAUUUGAGAUGGAGCUCGAGAUGACGCCUCGCUGAACCAGCGACGUCUGUUCGACAGGAGGGGCUCGCUCAGGCGCUCCUGGCAGACAGGUCCUGUGGUUAAUAGGAGACUCUGAAGCAUUUGAUCUUAAUCUUUUAAUAGAUGUAUAAAUAUAUAUAUUUGGUUGAGUUGUUGUGGAUUUGAUUUGCUGUGCUGUCUUUAACAAUCAUUUGGUUUUUUUAAUGUAUUACUUUAUGCCUUUAAUUGUUUUGUAUAGUGUGAGAGGGCAAGAUCACUGGCUUUCUUAGUUUGACAAAGAAGAUUAACAUUAUCAUUUAUGCCUUAUUGUUACGUAGAAGACAUGAGCAUUGUAGCAUUGUUGUUCUGUAUGUGUGUGAGAGUGAGAGAGAGCAUGGGCACCCAGCUCACCUGGUGCAUUGAUUUCACUGAAACAGUACAGUGUACUCUGGGCAUUUUAGAGCGUGGGACGAUUAUGUUGCUACCUAUGGUUUUUAGGUGCGACUUAGACAGGUAGGAGGAUAUACCUGUGAGAAAAAGCUUUACUAAUAAUUCCAGCAGGCAGGUGUGUUUGUGUGAGUGUGUCAUUUAAAGAGAGGCCAGGGAGGACAGUCUGCAAACCAUUUUGGUGCAUCUUUCCCAUCUUCCAGCAGGUGUUUAGACUGAUUUUUGGAAAAAAAAAGGGUGAGACAAGAGGACGACUUUGUUUUGUUUUGGGAUUUUGUUUGAAGUUUCCUGACUGAGGGUCUUUACAAAUUAACUUCAAGCUUUAAGCAAGCCACUGCCGAGAGCCAAGCCAGCUUUCAGUUUGUUUGGGGUCAGCUUGGACUCUCACGAACUGUCUGCUUGCCACUGGCUUUGCUUGUGAAGCUUCGGUUUCAGGUGAUCCUGAGAUUCUUGCGGAUCAGCUGUGCAUCUAACAGACGGUAUGUUGACCCACCACACUGGUUUGCUGAGAGUUUUGGUUUUUUGUUUGUUUGUUUUCUCCUUUUACUAAAUGUCAAAGGUUGCGUGGCGCACCAGUAAGGCUAAAGGAGCUGUUGUAUACCUCAUUUUUAACUCAAGAUUGAGUGAAACCUGCUUUAAUCUACUUAUGAAACAAAUGUUUUUAAAAAUCAUAAAAAAAAGACUAAAAUACACCAACUUGUCAGUGGAGAAGCGUGUUCAUACCUGUACUUAGUGAAGGGUUGUGGAGCCGCCACAAGAGGGAGAUGAACUACAUACCAGUACUCACAAAGAGGUGUAAACAAGAGAAGGCAUAAAAGGUGAAUCUGUGUGUAACAAGGGGCAAACAUCUGCUGCUCUUCUUUCACAAUUUCUUGUGCACUGAAGGAUUUCAUUCAUGAAAACGUGAAUUUUGAUUAAUUCUAUGGACACCCCCCACCCCACCCUUUUUUUUUUUUUUUAAAGUUUGACAAUCUUGCUUUAUUUAUCUUCUCACUCUUGGCUUGGUACAGGUAUGUGCACUUCUUCCCACGUGAUGGCUCGCCGUCGCAGCCCGCUCUCGCUCCCCUGUGGUACCAACGAUAACCAAAGAAUUCUUACUAACUUGAUUGUAUGUGAUCGACGCCACCUCUCACCCAUCCCCGCCUCACUGCUCAACAUCAAAUCCCGGCUGCACGCCCCUUGAUUCGUUUGUAAAGAGGUUGUUUUUUUUAAAAAAUUGCAUUCGAAUGUGCGUCCGGCGCCCCCUUCGACGCCUCUGCAGUGGUUUCAGUGCCUGUGGGCGGGGAUCAGAAGGGAGGGGUAGCAGGGGCCGGGCGGGCUUCGCCGGCAGACACGAACCGAUGCGGUGGUAGCUGGGUGAUGUUUGUUAAUACACACUGAGGGUUGAUCCUGUGCACACUGUAUCUGCUCAGGACUCUGUAUGAUUGUCUGUCUUGAGCGCUGUUGUCGUUUGGUUGGUUGGAUUGAUGUCCCACCCUCCGUCAUUCCUUUCUCAAGGACUGCGGCGAAAAAUGCUAUUCCUGCCUCUCAGUGCGUCUCUCUUCCUCAUCUGUACACUGUAGUCCCAGGACAUGACCCUGUUGUUGUCUCCAGGAAUACACAUCCUGCAUUCGCUAAAACUCUCUGCUGUGUCCCCUUCCCUGUCCUCCUCCUCCUCCUUCUCCCUUUCAUCUGCUCUCUUCUUUGACUCCUCACUACAGACUCUGAUCAGCUGUGACACUAUGCAUCAUGGUCCUUCACUUUGCAUGGACUGUGUCCCUCUGACUCAGACCUCCUGGUCGGCAGGGCUUCAGUGACACUUUGUUUAAUGCUUUACUCCAAGUGAGGUUGUAGGACCUCACAAGCGCUAUCCCAAAGCAAAAAUCCAAAUAUUUAACUUUUGACAAAUGCAGAUACCAAAGAUAUCUCUCUGUCCUGUGUGUGUCUCUGUUGGUUUCUCUCUCUCCCUUUCACCCUGCAGCAUGUGUAUUAAGAGACAAACCCAGCACUGGCUUUAAAGUCCCAGCCUCAGUAAUUCCAAAGCUUAGAUGUAUAUUUUGGUAUAUUUCUGAGAAAAAACUUGCGUGAAAAAGCGUCUGUUCCUCGUUUGUUUGUUGUAAUCUCUUUUCUGUCACAGCAUGGAACUAAUUGCAGAACUGUCUUACUCUUGGUAGGUUAAAGAUAUAGUAUUUUUGUAUGUUUUUGGGUGUGUUAUAUAUAUGUACGUACGUGUGUGUGUGUGUGUGUGUGUGUGUGUGUGUGUGUGUGUGAUUAUCAGUUCACAGCCCAAGUGACCAUGGCUUUCAACAAGAGAGAAAUAACUU